CUCCGAAAAAUGUAAACAUUAAUUACUUUUUGAUAAUUAAAUGAGAUUUGACGUCUUCAAUGGUUUUUCAAAAAUGCAAAUUAUAGAUUUUUACCUAAGUAACAAAUGAGUUAUGGGCUUUUUUUACAUUUCAACUGGCCUUUCGACCAUCCGGUACCCAAAACUAUCCAUUUGAAAAAAAUGACAAAAAAUCCGUCAAAUAACUUUUCUUAAAAUUUAAGAAAUGUUCAGUUUAAAGUGUCAAAAAUUAGAGUUUUACGGGAAAAAAUACCACCCUUCAAUUCAACUGAAACGCUCGAAGUUACGGCCCUAAAAAGAGAAGCUAUAUCUUAAAAAGAUUCAAAUUCAAUACAAUAAUUUUACAAAUGUUUCUUUUAUAUAGGAGAAUAUGUCAUGGAUUUUAAGUGCUAUAGUACUGUGGGUAAAAUGAAUCACACCAUCAAAUUCGCCAGGCGUAUGAAUGGGAUGAACAUAGGAGUAGCAAUUAACAGAAGCAGUGUUCAACAUCUUGACCCAGACAUUGCUCCUUACAAAACAAAAAUGUAUUCUGGGAUUGGUUUAACUAUGGCAGAUCAGAUUCUCAGCACGUAUGCCUCUGUUCAAAACUCUGUAAAGAUCAUGUCUGGUAAUACAAUGAAUGAUGUGCUGGUGACUAAAUCUGUUACUGACAAAAAGGAUCUGAAAAAUGCACUUUUUAAAAAUUUAAAUGAAUGCGUGGAUGAGACUAAUGAAAAUGAAUACAUGCAUUUAGUUAGUAGGAAUCUAUCACAUUAUUCCAAAAGCGAAUGUGAUUUGAAGAAAACGAUCAUCAACUUUGAAAGGUUUGGUGGGUGUAGUAAUCCUCUAGUUCCACAAGUAAAUAAUUCACUAGCAAACUGUUCCCCCCUUCAACUUCUCAACAUUUACCAACAAUCAAUCAGUAACUCUAAUUUUACCCCUGCUACUAAUGUUGUUUGUCCGGAAGAAUGUGUGAUUGUUAAAACAGAAUCUUCUAUNAGCAAUUCUUUUUCUCUUUAUACGCAACAGAUGGAAGUAAACUAG